GUAUGGGGGCCAAUGGGAGCGCGCCGAGGAGGGGGAGUUGUGACGUUAGAGGCCUGCAAGGCUGCAGUGUGUGAAGCGGUGACCGAGCUGAGAACUGAGAAUGUCGUCAGGAGCCUUGUUUCCGAGUCUGGUGCCCGGAUCCCGCGGGUCCUCCAGCAAGUAUUUGGUGGAAUUUCGGGCUGGGAAGAUGUCCUUGAAGGGCAGCACCGUGACCCCCGACAAACGGAAGGGACUUGUGUACAUCCAGCAGACUGAUGACUCCCUGAUCCACUUCUGCUGGAAGGACAGAACAUCUGGGAAUGUGGAGGAUGAUCUGAUUAUAUUCCCCGACGACUGCGAGUUCAAGAGGGUGGCCCAGUGUACAACCGGGCGCGUGUACGUCCUCAAAUUCAAGGCCGGCUCCAAGAGGCUGUUCUUCUGGAUGCAGGAACCCAAGACUGAUAAGGAUGAAGAGUACUGCCGCAAGGUGAACGAGUAUCUCAAUAACCCCCCUAUGCCCGGAGCCCUGGGUGGAAGUGGCAGCGGAGGCCAUGAGCUCUCUGCACUGGGAGGAGAAGGAGGCCUGCAAAGCCUGCUGGGAAAUAUGAGCCAUAACCAGCUGAUGCAGCUUAUUGGACCCACUGGUCUGGGGGGACUUGGAGGUCUCGGAGCUCUAACAGGUCCAGGACUGGCCAGUUUGUUGGGCAGCGGAGGUCCUACAACCAGCAGCUCUUCUUCCAGUUCUCGCAGCCAAUCGGCAGCCGUGACCCCGUCAUCUACUACGUCUUCCACAAGAACCACCACCACUACCCCAGCAGCUCCAGCGACAGUCCCUGCAGUAACACCCAGCCCCGCAGUGAGCUCUGGCAAUGGUGCCAGCGCAGCUACCAGUGCUGCUGCCAGCGCUGCUACAAGCCCAACACAGGCCAUCCAGCUAAGUGACCUGCAGAACAUCCUCGCCACCAUGAAUGUGCCUGCCACAGGGGAAGGUGGCCAGCAAGUGGACUUGGCGAGCGUCCUCACUCCAGAAAUAAUGGCUCCCAUCCUGGCUAACUCAGAGGUUCAGGAGAGAUUAAUGCCGUACCUCCCUUCUGGAGAGUCUUUGCCGCAGACUGCAGAGGAGAUCCAGAACACACUUACCUCUCCUCAGUUCCAGCAGGCCCUGAGCAUGUUCAGUGCUGCUCUUGCUUCCUGCCAGUUGGGCCCGUUGAUGAGUCAGUUUGGGCUGCCAGCAGAGGCAGUGGAUGCCGCCAAUAAAGGAGACAUUGAGGCGUUUGCCAAGGCGAUGCAGAACACUUCGUCUCAGAAAGAGAGAGACUCCAAAGAGAAGAAGGAGGAAGAAGAGGACAUGAGUCUAGACUGAGCUCGUCUGUGUG